GCUUUUCUUUUCCUUCUUUUCAUCCUCCUCCAUCUAUGUUUCCUCCUAAAUCUCGUUUUUCUCCCACUCAUAAUCUGUCUUGUCAUCUUCUUGCCCUCGUCGUCGUCCUCUUACUCCUCCUCCUCCACCUUCCUCCCGAAUGCGGAUAACAUCGUCGCUUGUCAAGACUCCAUGUGGGUUGUUUGCGCGUGGCAAGUUGCGCUGGCUGAGUUGUGUCAGCGCACCAAAAAACGAGCCGUGGCCGCGUCUGAAUUUGCAAAAAAGGACUGUUGCGCUGCCAUCGUCUUGUUUUAUCUUCAAAAGGAUCUUAUUUUAAUCAGCCGACUUGUUUAUCACCCGUGGACAGUUGAAUUCGACUUUAAUCUGGUUAAUCUAUGCAAAUUCAACGAUAUUUUGACAAAACACUUGGGUGUCACUUUGACAGUUCGAGCUCUUGAUGGCAGUCACCAGCUGGGCGUUCGCCAGGGUGAGCCAAUUCCACAGGUUCUGCAAGUGGUCGCGGUCAAUGGUUACCCGGUUGCCACAAGAAGCGGUCAGGAUGUUAUAAUCGCUACUUCGGCGCACCCAUCUCUCAAUCAGCUUCAGCAUCACCAGCAACGCUGCUGCUCUCAGCCCCAUCUGCAGCCAUCACACGCUUCGGUACCCGCGGGAAUUUAUACCUCUGGUGGCGAUCGGACCCUCAUCGAUCAGGAGGGCACGGUACGUCGCCUGAGUUCGGCUCAGCGCGAACGUCUCAGUCAAGAUCUCGCCGUCGUGCAAACCAAUCUACACAUCCUCAACGACAUGCUAACCGAACUUCAACCUGACGCGAUUUCCUCCGACGACCUUGAGCUCUUACAGGACCUACAUGGAACUUGUCGGAUGAUGCAGCAAAGAGUUGCUGACUUUCUGUCUCAAGUCGCUGAUGAUGCGGUGACAUUGACGCUCAUCCAACUCAACGACGAACUGAACAGCGCUUUCCAGCGGUGA